GUUCUUUCAAAAUAAAUUUAUGAUAUAAACAAGUACAAUUGUAUGGUUAAACUUGAUUUUGUUUUAAUUAUUAAUAAUCGAAAGUUAGAUAGUCAUCAAUUGCUGUAUUAUUAAUAAUAUUGCAUAUUUAAAUUAUUUUAAUAUCAAAGAUUAUUAUUAAAUAAAAGGAAUUUCGGAGUUUCUUGAAAAGUUUAACUAAAAGUUGAAGCAUAUUCAAGUGGUGUGGUUAAAAUAACAGUAAUUAAUUACCGAAUGCAAAGUGUGUUGUAUAAAACUAAAAUAUAUAGAUAGUUGUUUUACUGCAUACAUGUACAUUUGUGUAAUAUCAAUUGAAAAUUUACAAACAGAGCAUAAUUAUAAUAUUAAUAUUUAAAAGUUUGAAUAUAAUAAAUACAUUAAGAAUAUCUUGGAAAAUAAUAAAGUUUAACAUUUUAACAAAAUUUAUUUUAAUUAAAUUAAAUUUAAUAUAAUGAAUUAUAAAACAUAUUGUUUGUUUUUGUGCUAAUAUUAAUAUAAAAGUUGCAUUUGGAAAUGAAAAUAUUUGCAAAAUUAAUAAUUAGCAGCAAUUAACUAAAAAUAUAGUGUUGAAAUCAAAUUAACACUUUUUAUUUGUAUAAAAAAUUUGAAGUGUAAAAAAAGAGAAUUAAUGGAAAAUUUCAAUUAAAAUUAAAAGCAUAUUAUUCUACCAUUAAAAGUAUUUUGUGUUAACAAAGCAGUAACAGCAGCAGCAGCAGUACUUUAACCUAGAAAAUAUAAUAUUUUACAUUUAUGAAAAUUAUUCACCUGUGUUAAAUAUUAUUGAAUAUUUCAAUUUAUAAUAUUUAUAAUUAAUUUGUUUCGUGUUUGCGAAUUUAUAGAGUUGCUUUUAAUAUAAAAUCAAAGAAAACAAAAAUACUUAAUAAUUUCAUAAACUGUUCAUUGCAUUAUACCACACUUUUAAUAUUUAUCCAUGUAGUAUAGCUUAUGCAAGUUGAAGUUAUUUUGCAUAUUUAGUUACCAUUGAACAGAAAAAUAAAAAAGUUGAGUGAAAAAAAAGAGUUAAUAAAUAAGUAAAUAAAAGAAUAAAUUUUUUGUUUUUUUUUUUUUUUUUUGGUUUUUGUUUCUGUUUUGGUGUAAACAGUAACGGUAUAUUUUUUCUAGUUUAAUAUAGAGAGAAACACAAGCAUAAAUGAAUAGUUAAGAAAUAAGUAAGCAUAACCUAUAAAAGAAAAAAACAUUUGAAAAAUCUUCAACUCCUCGACAAUAAUUAUUUUACCUAACAUUCGCACCGCUAACGUUAGAUUUGGAUUUUGGUCACAGAGGUCCUGUUUGACUAUCGUAUACAAUUAUACGUUACAUCCCAUUUUGUGCAAAAACAUUAAAACAUGUGAAUUUAAAUGUGCCAAUAUAUUUAAAAAAUUAAUUGCUAUUUACAAAAAAGUAAAAGGACUUUCAAAUAUUAUUUUUUAUUUUAUUUUAGAAAUUUUAAAAUUUCUCGAAUUUCUUUGGUUUUUUUUUGUUUUGGGGAUUCUAAACACUGUAUAGAAAGUUUUAUUAAAAAUUUGAUUCAAAAAUCAUUUUGUCAUUAUUAUUUUUUUUAUAAUAAAUUUAUCCUUUCAUUUUUAAUUCUUUGAUUUCUGAAAAAGCAAAUAAAAAUUACCCAUAAUUCUUUGCUUAUGUUCUUCAAGUUUCAAUAUAAAAAAGUCCUUAAAACGCAACAUAAAAAAUAAAUGCUUAAACAUAAUUAAAAAAAAACUAAAUAAAUAAAAAUUGUCCAUAAAUUAAAUUACAAAAUAAAUUAAAAUUUAAAACAUUUGAAAAAAAUAAAAAUAAAAACAUAUAAAGAUACUGCUGGAGGCAUAAAGGAUUAAAAGGAUAUACAAAGGCGCAUUUUCAUUGUUGAAUUUCCGUUUUUAAUUUUUUUUUUCGUGUUUUGUUUUGCUUUUUUUCAAGAAGAAAACUUUUAAAAAACUGAUCUCGUUAUGAAUAUUUUACGAAUUUUGACUGCACUAUUUGUUUUAUGUUCUGCUAAUAUUGUGACAUAUGGAUCAGAGCCAAUUGGAACUGGAGGACCUUCAAUUGUUACAGAAGGAAAAGAUGCAUUAUUAACAUGUGUUGUAAUGGGAUCAUAUUUAAAUGAUACAGUAUUAUGGAGAAAGGGACCCCAUGAAAUUCUAUCAGCUGGAAUGAAUAGGGUUACAAAUGAUAAACGUAUUAGUAUAUUACAUGACGAAACACCACAAGGACGAACUCCAACUGGUGGUGAUGUUUGGGUUUUACAUAUAAAAGACACAAAACCAUCAGACACAGACGUAUAUGUCUGCGAAGUCAACAGUGAUCCUGUUGCCAGAAGUUUUCAUCCUUUAAUGGUGCAUAGUAAAAAUGAUACUGUAGAUGAUUCAGAAGACUCAGAAACGUCUUAUUAUAAUAAACCAUUAACAACUUCAACUGUGAUAGAACCUGCAACAUUGUUGCAACAAAGUCAACAACAAAAUGGACCUGUAAAUAGUAAUAAUAAUAACAAUAAUAAUAAUGGAGAUAGCUCAUUCCCGCCAUCACCUGCUUCACAUUUAACACCACCCCAUCCAACAACAAAUUCAACAUAUCUUACUACAUCAUCUUCAACAGCUUUAUCACUGGGAGGGUCGACAAUCUCAUCAUCGGCAACGCCGACAACUCCCCUAUUUACACAUGAUUUUACGGAAUGUUGCGAAACAUCGAAUAUAACGGCAGAAUGUAUGGGUUUCUGUAAUGUACAUAAUAUUUUAGAUGGCACUACCGGCAUUGAACCGGAAGCAUGUGAAAAAGAUUUUCCUCAUAUUGUUAAAUGUAUGGCUGAUGGUAGAAAUCAUGUUCCAUGUUGUGAUUCUAAAAAUAUACCAGAUUUAUGUCAAGAUAUGUGCCGAGGCGAAUAUACUCCAUUUACAGAUUUUUUAAAAUCUAGAGUAUCUUGCGUACGACAUACAUUACCUGGUCUACAAUGUAUUCUUGAGGGUGUACAAAAACUACCUAGUAUGCCACAAGAUGUUUAUGUCGAACCAUUAACUGAAAAAUCAUUAGAAGUAGGUUGGUCACCUCCAGAAAAACUAGCGAAAACUGUAACACAUUAUACUGUUAAUGUAACAGCAUUACAUGUUUUCGAUCAAAAUAAUUUACCAAAUAAAACGCAAGAUCCAUUGGCUGUUAAUGUUACUGUAGCAGGUGAUCAAAAAUCUGUCGUCAUAAAUAAUUUAAUGCCGUAUACAAUGUAUUCAAUUUUUGUAACUGCACACAAUAAACAUGGAUCUAGUUUACCAAGUUUUAGAAUAAGAGCAUUAACUUUAGAAAGUGGUGGUAUCGGUAGACAAACAAGUAUGGCUGUGAUACCUGUAUUACCGGAUGUUCGCGGUUGCUGUCAGCGUAAUGGAAUGUCACAUAGAAUGUGUUUAGAUAAAAUGUGUGAUCCAAAGAAAACUGAUUUUGCUGAAAUUCCAGAUUUUAUGGUUUGCGCACCUUGGGCUAAUAUUACGUUCUCAUGUUUAACAAAUAACAUCGAUCAUAGUCCAUGUUGUAAGGCUCGUGGUAUUCCAAAUGUGUGUCUACCAUUGUGUUAUGGAAAUGUCACAACAAUUGAUUUCAGUUUAUUUAAGUGCCUUCGUUACAUGUCAGAUUAUAGCAGCUGUCUUUUACAAGGAUACGGUGUCUUGGCUGGGCCACCAUCACGUCUUAAACCAAUUGUUGUAUCAGCACACUUUGCAAUAUUAGAAUGGCAACAACCGAAAGUCUUACCCGACACUGUUACAUCGUAUCAUAUAUAUUUUCGCAAAUUAGGUAGCGAUGAGGAUUAUACAAUGAUCGAAAAGGAACACCCACCGUUAAUAUUGGAAGGACUCGAAGCUGGAGUAUUUUAUGAAAUAUUUGUUGUGGCAAUUAAUGCCCAUGGUAAAGGUGGUCCAUCACCACGUUUAGUAUUUCGUACAAAGUUCCAGGAGAAUAUUGAGGUACAAACACCAUCCUAUAAUAUGACUCAGUGCUGUUUUGCUUCAGGACUUUUGCCACAAUGUAUGGCACUAUGUACAUAUGAUAUAAGAAUGUCUGAUGUGCAAGCUUUGGGUUCCAUAUGUCAGGCACAAAUGGGUGUCAUAGCUAGAUGUGCUGCUGGUGGACGUGAUCAUACACAAUGUUGUAAUAGAAGAGGUGUUAUUCCCGGCUGCAUAUCAUUAUGUCGUGGCGUCUUACCACCACUACCAACAGCAUCAGAUUGCUUAUCGUAUGCUGGAAAUAUUUUGCAAUGUUUCGAAGAAGGUACUGGUAAUAUUCCCGGUCCAGUUGAAGAUCUUCAUGUUACGUCUGUAACAAAUAAUAGUAUUUCGUUAGCAUGGAUACCAUUUGAAGGUGAUGUCAAUAAUACAGAAAACAAAUAUAAAGAUUUCUUAGUUCAAUAUGGCAAAGUGAACAAUAUGACAAUGUAUGAGACGGUUGUCAAGCUGGAAAAUGAAAAAAACACAACAGAAACAGAAAUCGAAUUGAAUAAUUUGGAACCGUUAUCACUAUACAGAAUAUUGGUUGUUGCCAGAGGUGAACAUGGUUCUUCGUUACCAUCAUCAAUGCUUAUAAUUAAUACAACGAGUACAGAUUCUUCUGAUUCAUCGAAUACUGUUUAUGGUGCACCAUCGCCGCCACAUUCAUUAGCGAUAACAGCUCAUAGUGCUACAUGGGUAACAAUAUCAUGGCAACCUCCAGAAUUUUCACAUCCACAUGAAACAUUAUCAUACAGGAUUUACCAUAAGCCUACGUCAGCUGAUAAAUUUACAUUAAUAGAAACGAGAUUAUUAUGGGUACGCUUAAAUAAUUUAAAACCAAAUUCCCAGCAUGUUAUCUAUGUUGAAGCAAUUGGAAAUAAAGGUGUAAGUUUACCAUCAGAAACACUUGUUGCAUGGACAGAUCCAGCAUUACCAGCAUUUGUUGAUCCACCGACAAUCCAUCCAGACGACAUAAUAGCUGAGGGUGGUUCUAUGACAAUAUUAUGUUUAGCACUUGGUAAUCCAGCGCCAACAAUAUCAUUAUAUGUGGGUGGCCAUCUUGUUAGACAAGAUACAUCAAGACAUAUGGUAACAGUUAUUCAUAAUGUAACAUCAGAUAUGGAACAUGUAUCCUGUUAUGCUGAUAAUGGUUAUGGCAUACCAAUGCAAGCUUCAAGAAAAGUCAAUAUUAGUUAUCCACCUAGAGUUCAAGCGUCUGGAAUUACUGUCGCUUAUAUUGGGGAGGAUGUUGAUCUUAAAUGCACAGUUAAAGCAAAACCAAUACCAAAAAUGAUAUUCUGGCGUGAUCAUGAUGGUCGUAUACCAGUUAUCCAGGGUGGCAAUUAUGAUAUGUCAAUAAUAAAAGAUGAAUCUGAUCCAGCAUCCUAUACAAUGUCUUUGCAUAUUUCCAAAGUACAACAAACUGAUGUUGGAGAUUACUUUUGUCAUGCAGAAAAUGCACUCGGAUCCAAUACAAUUCCAGUUUCAGUACGUAUCCGUAACACUGCAGCGGCACAUAAUAUUUCUGAAUGUUGUAUUACGCAAAAUGUUUCAAGUGCAUGCAUGUCGGCAUGUAGUUUUUAUAUUGAUAUUGAUGCUGUUAUCGAUAGACCUGAAUGUAUUGUUGAUUUUGAUAAAUUAAUGAAAUGUGCUGCUGAUGGUUCAGAUCAUAGAAUGUGCUGUGCAAAUGCUGAAGUUCCUCGUAAAUGUUUGAAUUGGUGUCGGGGUGAAACGAUUGGUAAUCUAGGAAUAUGUUCAUUACAACAUACUCGGUCAAUAAUUGGAUGUUUCCAAUCAAAUAGAGAUAGAUUACCUGGACCACCACUUAAUUUAGCUGCAACUGUUAUUUCUGAUAGUGAAGUAUUAAUUAGAUGGGAUCCUCCAAUAAAAAAUCCACAUGUGGUUGACGGAUACAGAGUAUUUUACCAUGAAGCAGACGAGAUUACUGUUGAACCUACGAAUAACAACCAAUAUGGUGGUAUUACAACGACAACUCAUUUAGCAACGAAUCGUGUAGAUGUUAAAGGAACUAGUGUUAAUAUUGAUGGUCUAAAACGUGAUGUCGUUUAUGAACUUGUUGUAAAAGCUGGCAAUCAAUUCGGAGCUAGUGUUUUAACAGAACCUAUUCGAUUCACAUUAGGAGAUCAUCAUAUGACAUCGGCAUCACAUUCUAAUACCGCUGGUACAAUAAGUGGUAUUUUAGCUGGAAUUUUAGCAAUUUUAUUAGCAAUUGCUGCAAUAUUAUUCUAUAAAAGAAGAAAGGCUAGUGAAAAAAAUGCAAAUGGUGUUGCAUUUGAAAAUCCAAGUUAUUUAAGGGGCGUUGAGCAUGUACAAAUUCCAACUGUGACAGCAGACACAUCAACACCAUGGCGACAAGAGACACUUCAAACACCAUCAUCAACAAAUUUUAAUAGUGUAACAAAUCCAAGAUUGUCUGGAGUAAAUAAUAAAAAUUUAACAUCAGCAACAUCAGCCGCAACUGGUACAGGAAGAUCAUCAACAACAACAACAAUACCAAUGACAACAAAUCCCUCUGGUAUAAUAGUACAUAAUAAUCAUAAUAAUAGUAAUAAUACAAUAAUUGAUACAUCAGCAGUUCCAAUGGCAACUGAAGUCAAUCCAUCACUUUAUGAAGAACUUAAAUUAGGACAUGAAGAACAUUAUUACAUAGAAUUUACAGUCAUGCACUCUCCUCCUAUUCCCCCCUUGAAUCCUGUUACAUACGUUAAUUUACCAUUUCACACUGAAAGAAAUGGUUUCUAAAAUGGAUGCAAACUAUUUAAAACGCGUGAUUUUAAUAUUUGUGCCAAUUUGUAAUUAAUUUUCAACAAGUUUUGGAAGCAUAAAAUAACUAGCAAUUUUUGGUUUUAUUUUUUCCAUUAUUAUUUAAUUUAUGAAAUUUGUAAAUAGAACAAAAUUAAAAAUUUUAAUAAUAAAUAAAAUUUAAAAAAAAAAAAAAAAAAAUAUAAUUAAGUAAAAAAAGAAUAAAUGGUUUUUAGUCAAAAAUAAAAGAAAAAUUACAAUAAUAGCCACGAAAUAAAACAAAGAAAAUAUUUUUUAAGAGAAAAAUGUAGCCAAAAAAAAAAAAAUUAAAAAAAAAAAUUACAUAAAAUA